CUGUCUGUUCUAGCUCCCAGGUCGUUCAGCAUGCCUCUCUUCCCCACCCUUUGCAGAUUUCUCUUGUCCCUAUACAUCCUAUCAUGUUGUGCUGCCAUGGACGCCAUCACACCUGGUCGAGCACUUAGCGGCAACGACAAGCUUGUCUCCAGAAAUGGCAAGUUCGCACUCGGCUUCUUCCAGACCGGCAGUAAGUCCUCCCACAACUCCCUGAACUGGUACCUAGGUAUUUGGUACAACAGAGUUCCCAAGCUAAAUCAAGUAUGGGUUGCGAAUGGUGACAACCCACUCACGGAUCCCAUCUCAUCUGAGCUCACAAUUUCCGACAAUGGCAACCUUGUCAUCUUAAACCAAGCCACCAGCUCCAUGAUCUGGUCCACCCAAGCAAAUACCACAACCAGCAACACCAUAGCUAUACUGUUGAGCAGUGGAAACCUCAUCCUACAGAACUCCUCAAACUCAUCCGAUGUGUUGUGGCAGAGCUUUGACCAUCCCACAGAUACUUUCCUCCCUGGUGCAAAACUUGGUUGGGACAAGGUCACUGGUCUGAACCGCCGUCUCGUUUCUAGGAAGAACUUGAUCGACCUAGCUCCUGGAAGAUACUGUGAGGAGUUAGACCCAAGUGGUGCUAAUCAGUUCGUCUUUACACUGUUGAACUUCUCCAUACCAUAUUGGUUCAGCGGGGAAUGGAACGGCCAAUAUUUUCCCUCGGUGCCAGAGAUGGCAGGGCCUUUUCUUUUCAAUUUCACAUUUGUCAAUAAUGACCAGGAGAAGUACUUCACAUAUAAUUUACUAGAUGAUAGAACGGUUACCCAUCAUCUAUUGGAUGUCUCAGGUCGAACGAAGACAUUCAUAUGGCUUGAGAGCUCACAGAACUGGGUAAUGAGCUACGCCCAACCCAGAGCUCAGUGUGAUGUCUAUGCUGUAUGUGGACCUUUCACAAUUUGUAAUGACAAUGAGCUUCUGUUCUGCAACUGCAUGAAGGGAUUCUCCAUAAGAUCACCAACGGAUUGGGAGCUAGAUGACCGAACAGGUGGGUGCAUGAGAAGUACUCCAUUAGAUUGUGUUACCAAGAAAAGCACAGGAAGUUCAACUGACAAAUUCUAUUCUAUACCAUGUGUCAGGCUACCUCAUAACGCCUACAACAUAGAAGCUGCUACCAGUGCAGACAAAUGUGAAACAGUUUGCUUAAGUAAUUGCUCUUGCACUGCAUAUUCCUAUGACAAUGGCGACUGCUUGGUCUGGUAUGACGAAUUACUCAAUGUAAAACAGCAGCAGUGUAAUGGCAUAGCUAAUACUAAUGGAGGAACUCUAUACCUUCGCCUUUCUGCAAAAGAGGAGCAUAGUCAGAAAGACAGGACAAGAGGAAUGAUGAUUGCCAUUAGCCUUGGUGUAAGCUUUGCCAUCUUGUUUUCUCUGGCACUCGUACUAAUGAUUUGGUGGAGCAAGAGGAAGAGGUAUAGCUUCACCCUGAAAAAUGCUCAAGGUGGUAGUGGGAUUGUUCCAUUUAGAUAUACUGAUUUGCAACAUGCAACUAAGAACUUCUCAGAGAAGCUGGGAGAAGGCGGCUUUGGUUCAGUAUUCAAGGGAUUUCUUCAUGACUCGGCAACCAUAGCGGUAAAAAGGCUUGAUGGUGCACAUCAAGGAGAGAAACAAUUCAGGGCUGAAGUUCGCUCGAUUGGACUUAUCCAACAUAUAAAUUUAAUUAAGCUAAUUGGCUUCUGUUGCAGCAGAGAUAGCAAAUUGCUUGUCUAUGAAUAUAUGCCAAAUCGUUCCCUUGACAUCCAUUUAUUCCCAGGCGAUGCUGAAAUCUUAAAUUGGAAUACUAGGUAUCAAAUAGCUCUAGGAGUUGCUAGAGGACUAGCCUAUUUGCAUGAGAGGUGUCGAGACUGCAUUAUACACUGUGAUGUUAAACCUCAAAACAUACUUCUAGACAAAUCGUUCAUUCCCAAGAUUGCAGACUUCGGAAUGGCAAAGUUUUUAGGAAGGGAUUUUAGCCGAGCUUUGACUACAAUGAGAGGAACUAUAGGAUAUCUUGCACCUGAAUGGAUUAGUGGAGUGGCCAUCACACCAAAAGUUGAUGUUUACAGUUAUGGAAUGCUUUUGUUGGAAAUUGUUUCAGGAAGGAGGAACUCGCAUAGAGGAUGUACCACUACUGGUGAUGGUGAUGGUGAUGGUGAUGGUGAUGGUGAUGGUGAUGGUGAUGGUGAUGGUUAUUUCCCUGUGCAAGUUGCAGGUAGGCUUCUUGUGGGAGAUGUUGGAAGCUUGGUGGAUCACAGAUUGCAUGGGGAUGUCAAUCUAAAGGAAGCUGAAAGAGCUUGUAAGGUUGCUUGUUGGUGCAUUCAAGACAAUGACUUGGAUCGACCAUCGAUGAGUGAAGUGGUUCAAGUUCUCGAGGGUUUGACAGAACUUGGCAUGCCUCCAGUGCCAAGACUACUUCAAGCUAUUGCAGGAAGCUUCCAUUCAGCUUGAGUCUAAUCUUUAUUGACCAGACAUUUAAAUUCGAAGGGUUGUGCCAAACUUUUCAUCAGCAGUGAUAGGAUUAGCGCUUAUGUUGUCUUAUAGUGUAUAAACUCGCGAAUGUGAAACAUAGAUUUAUGCCAGUUACUGAAAUCAAUAUACCAGGUAUCAUUGG